AUUUUCUGUCUGCGAAAUCACCCAGAAAAGUAAAGAGACAGAAAAGAAAAUGGAAGCUUAGCUGGAAAUAACGUGUACAAGAUCUUAAUUAAUUCCACAUCUAAUCUAAAGCAUCCAAACGCGGCCUUAAUCCACCAGCCAAACUGCCAGCGCUGUUUCUCUCUUCCCUCCUCGGUCUUUCGCGCACCCCCGCCAUACCUCUCUCUGCGUAAGACCGGUUUCUUAGGGUUUGGAUCUGUCUUUGUUUGUUUAUUUAUUUUCAUUUUUGUACUUGUUCAGAAACUGAUGUUUCGGUAGUUCAUUAUUUAGUGGUCUCUGUACUAAUUCCAUUAUAUGUUUGAAUCCUUAUUUAUCCGAUGCAAUUAGCAGGGGAAAAAAAAGAAGGAAACAGUUGGCACAGAUUUGGGCGGCUUCGGGUUUGUUUUCGUGGCGCUGAGAUGGUGGUUUCUGGGAGUCCAAAUGGGUCUCAGCCGACUUCGCAGCCAGCGAAGAAGUACGGCAUCACAAAGCCAAUCUCUGUUGCAGGGCCCACUGAGGCUGAUCUUCAGAGAAAUAUCGAAUUGGAAAAAUUCUUGAUUGAUUCUGGGCUUUACGAGAGCAAAGAAGAAGGCGCAAGGAGAGAAGAGGUUCUUGGCCGCAUAGAUCAGGUUGUAAAAGGGUGGGUCAAGCUACUAACUCGUCAAAGAGGCUACACAGAUCAGAUGGUAGAAGAUGCAAAUGCUGUCAUUAUCACCUUUGGGUCCUACCGUUUGGGUGUACAUGGGCCGGGGGCUGACAUCGACACUCUCUGUGUUGGGCCAUCUUAUGUGAAUCGAGAGGAAGAUUUUUUUAUUGUGUUGCAUAAUAUCCUAUCUGAGAUGGAAGAAGUAACUGAACUUCAACCAGUUCCAGAUGCUCAUGUCCCAGUAAUGAAAUUCAAGUUCCAAGGAAUAUCAAUUGAUCUUCUCUAUGCAAGUAUUUCUCUUUUGGUUGUUCCAGAAGAUCUGGACAUCGCCAAUGGGUCUGUGCUAUAUGAUGUUGAUGAGCAAACUGUUCGAAGUCUUAAUGGCUGCAGGGUUGCAGAUCAAAUUCUUAAACUGGUUCCAAAUGUUGAGCAUUUUCGAACCACGCUCAGAUGUUUAAAGUUUUGGGCCAAAAGACGAGGUGUUUAUUCGAAUGUUACUGGUUUCCUUGGUGGUGUAAACUGGGCUCUUUUAGUUGCUCGGGUGUGCCAGCUUUACCCGAGUGCAAUUCCUAGUAUGUUGGUUUCGAGGUUCUUCAGGGUAUAUACCCAAUGGCGUUGGCCAAAUCCUGUAAUGCUCUGUUCAAUUGAGGAGAAUGAACUCGGGUUUCCUGUAUGGGAUCCUCGUAGAAACCCUCGAGAUCGCUUUCAUCAUAUGCCCAUAAUUACUCCUGCAUACCCUUGCAUGAACUCUAGUUAUAAUGUAUCAAUAAGCACUCUUCGAGUCAUGAUGGAACAAUUUAACCAUGCUAACAGAAUUACUGAGGAUAUUGAGCUAAACAAAGCCCAGUGGAGUUGUCUGUUUGAGCCUUAUCGCUUUUUUGAGGCAUAUAAAAACUAUUUGCAGGUGGACAUAAUAGCAGCAGAUGCAGUUGAUUUGCUUACAUGGAAGGGAUGGGUGGAAUCACGGCUUAGACAGCUUACACUUAAGAUAGAGCGGGAUACAAAUGGUAUGCUGCAGUGCCAUCCAUACCCACAUGAGUAUGCCGACACAUCUAAGCCGUGUCCGAAUUUUGCUUUCUUCUUGGGUUUGCAGAGGAAAGAGGGAGUGAGAGGUCAAGAAGGCCAGCAAUUCGACAUACGUGGAACAGUUGAUGAGUUCAGGCAAGAAAUAAACAUGUAUAUGUUCUGGAAACCUGGGAUGGAUAUUUAUGUUUCACAUGUUCGUAGAAAGCAGCUUCCUGCUUUUCUCUUCCCUGAUGGACAUAAACGGUCUCGAAUGUUAAGGCAUGUUAGCCUAGAUGCUGAAAAAAGUUGUGAAGAGGCUUCAGGUUUUCAGUCUGGUUCUGCUGAAAAAAAUGCUAAGAGGAAAGCUGAUUCAGAAACUAUGGAUCUUAAGUCAACUAGGCCAGAGAAGCAGGCCUUUAUUAGCCCACAACCGCCGGAGUCUGCUUCACCAGAAAGUUGUGCAAGUAGGUCUGGUAUAACAUCUCAUACUAGCUUCAAUGACAGGGUUAUAGUAGAGAGUCUAACAAUGGUGGAUAGGGAUAGCAGUUCAGAGAUGAGGUCAUCUGGACACUUGGAUAGUGAAAAGUGCACCUUAGCGAAUGAUGUUGAGAUGGUUAACACCAUGCACGAGUCUAUUAACCUAGAAGAGCAGGCAUCUGUAAGUGAGCAUAGUCUACCAGGAGUUGGCAACAAGGUAAAGCUUCUUGACCUUGUGGAGAAACCUUAUUAUCAAAUGGAAUCAGUAGCUUCAUGUGCAGUUGCUUGUUCAGAAUUCAAGGGAACAAAUCAGAUUGGACUUAAUGGGGAGGAUCUGCUGUUCGUUGACACAAUGAGUGUGAAAGGUAAAUCCUAUACUGGGAGACUGCUUGGAUGGACAAAAGGUGCUGUUGAUAUUGAUCAAGAACUAAACAAACCAUGCAAUCAUACAGCAGGGAUUAUGAAUGUGUGUACAAAUCAAGCUCCAGCACAUGGAACCUCAAUUGCAAGGUGAGUUUCUCCGUUUGAGGACUUUGGAUUACAAAUUGUAGCAUAUGGCAGGGAAAGCUGGACGUUCUGGAGAUAGUGACUCAGGGAUCUUUGGGGGCGAUGUAUGCACAUCAGAUCCAGAUUUGCUUUCAGAAAGGAGCUUCUUGAGUGGGGUUCUCCAAAAUGGCUUCUGAGGUUUUGAACCCAACUGAUCUUUGUCAAUUACUAUUAUAAUUGUUGUUGUUAUUUAUCCUUGCACUUACAAUAGUUGGUCUGUCACCUCCAUGUCAUUUUGGGUACUUCCCCCUUCCUUCCCCCAAUAAUAAUCAAUAAAGAUAUCAUUCCCCCCGUCCCCCUCUUCUUCUUCUCUUCUUCCUUUGAAGUCUUAGUUAGGUUCCCCCCUUGCAUUUUUUUUUUUGGGCUGUAUUCUAUUGGGAGUCUAUUAUUUUAUCUUACAUGAUUAUUUUCAUAAUGUUCAAUCGUUUUUGCACAAUUUCCUAACUUGUGCAUAUGUGGUGGCAGGUCCUGCACCACUAUACGUGCAAUGUUUCCUGUGUCUGUGCUUAAGAACCUGUGUUUUUGUGUCUAAGGCUCAGAUUCACGAUCCUUACUUUAAAUUUUGUGGCUCCAAUUUUUUGUUGGAAUCUAAUUAGUUGUUUAUACCUGCUUUUGUAUUUUACAUAGCCAAAUAUUGCAAUCGGGAAUGUUGGCAAUUCUCAAGAUGGAGAUAGGUCGGAAACUAUACUAAGCCAGAAAUAAGACAUGUUCUUGAAACUCGAAAUCUUUUUAUGCAAAUCAGAAAUCUUUUUAUGCAAAUCAUUUAUCUUUAUGCUGGUCUGUUGCGGUUGUGUGGCUUGUUUAUAGCAGGUUAAAUCUGAAGUAAAUGGCAUGAAAUUGGAAGGCGAACCAUUAAAUGUCAUUGUUUUGAAGAAGAGAGCUAGCACCAUGGUAAGCACCAAAAUUGCUGGCUUUGGCUCUCAUUAUGGUUUCCAACUGUACAUGCAUCUGCCAUCUUGUCAACUGGGAGUGAAGGUUGGGCCGCACAAGGACCUGUGGACUUCUUGGUGGGUUCAUUGUAUGGUGAUGCGGGAUGUGCAAUGCUUUUGAAGCCGUUAGCACCGAAGAAGCUACAAGAAGUAUGCUGAUGCUUGAAGACUUGAUGGCCAGUGCCGUUUGAACUGUUCUUUUACUUGUGGCUAAGGCCUAUAUGGAUGUGGGAAGUUCGAUAGUUCUAUAUGAAAGGUCCCAUUUGACUGGGAAAAUGAUAAAUCAUGAAUAGUACUUAAUAGGCUCUAAGAGGGCUUGCUUCCUCUUUUAGACAUGAUGACCCUCAUCAAAUGUGGUAGUCUGUAAUCUGUAUACUGCACUAGUGUAAUACAAUAUAUGAACAGUUCAUUUUUGCAA